GUGGGUGUGGGUGUGGUGUGGGUGUGGCUAUGUGUGGGUGUGGCUGUGUGUGGGUGUGGGUGGGUGUGGGUGUGGGUGGUAUGGGUGUGGGUGUGAGGUGUGGGUGUGGAUUUUAUUUUAAACUUCAUCCACACCCUACCCCCACACCUCACACCCGCCCACACCCACACCCACACCCUCAAGUAUUUAUUCUGAUGAUGAUAAAAGAAUAUUAUCGACAUAUCAAUAAAUAAAUACAAUGUGAUUAGUUCAAAUCAUAAUGUUUGUAGCAGUUCUUCACUUCAUGUUCAGUAUGUGCUUCAAAAUCACACUAAUAGAACUUCAAGUGAUCGGUUAUUUUGUGAUAUUGCUUCUUGAAAAUAUUGUGAUUUCAGUCAAAAUCUUGAUUUUGUCAAAGAUCUAAUGAGCGCGAUUGAAACAAUUCAGAGUGGUGAUUUUCUUUGAGAAUAAGUCUUCAUGAGAUUUUACUACUGUCAAAAUGACUGCAUUCUAGCAAGGUUUGCUAAUAAAAGAUCUAUACUCAUAAUACUGCAAAUGUUCAUUUUGCUGAGAAUCUCAUCUUGUCGUACCAAUGAACUCAUUGAUAGUGUACUCAUUCAAACUCAUUAUUUCCAAUUACUAUAUUAAGUUCAAACGUACACAUACUAAGCAGCUGAAGGCAAACAAAUGUGUUGUCGCUAGAAACAAUGUAGAAUACAAGACCAAAACAUGUGGCUUUUAGAUAGCAUUCUCAGCAAUAUUUCAGCACUUUUGGAACUGAACAGUAUGUUUUCAAAGAAUUUACAUAAAAAAUCUUGAAACUCUUACUUCUAAAACUCAUUUAAAAUCAGAAAAGUUUAACAAUGUUCAUUGAAGGCAAGUCCCAUCAUGUCACAUAAGGACUAACUUAUCGAAUGACAUAACCGAACUUCAGUGUUGUACUCAGUAUUUCUCACAUCAUUCCUUUUCAUCCAAGAGGAGAAGCAGAUUCAUGAAUACACAGUUGCACGUUUUAUCUUUCAUAUUUCUACGAGAUUCUUGUAUCGGCGAUACAGUGACAAUCCAGCGGAUACAACGGGAAUCCAGACAAUCCCACAAUCCGGCGAUCCAGUUUUUUCCCCCUUGAGUUAUAAUGACUCAUGUUUAUUUUGCCCAUUUCCAUUCUUUGUAAGUUUCGAAAAAAAGUCCCGUCACAUACGUGUGAAAGAAAGAAAAAUAAAAACUUUUUUUUCAUUCUUUAUGCAGACAACCGAGUCAUUGGUAAUAGUUGAAGGUAUUUUCUAUUCUAGAGUGUACAGUCACAAAGGAAAUUUAUACUUUUAUGAAUUGAGUAUGUAAGGAAGAGUCCGAGCAGUAUUUAUUUAUAUUAGAGAUGUAUAUAUGUAUGAGAAACUUGACACAUAAAACAUGUUCUCUUCAAUCAAACAUUAGCGAUCAAAAUCAAAUAAUCAAAGCAGAGUAAGCAAUCAUGUCACAGUAUAGCAUUAUUUGGCUUGAUGCAAAUUCGUCAGACCCAAAGAGUAGCUGUCGUAAUAAACUAGUCGACGCUCAAACAUUCACCAAUGUAGAUCGUUGUCUUGAAUACAUCAGAUCUCAUUCAAAUGAAUUCAUUUAUCUUAUUGUGUCGGGUUCACUUGCUAAAGAAAUCGUUCCAGAGAUCUAUGAAUUUUCACAUCUUGUACAAAUCUUUCUUUUUUGUGGGUUUGUUAGCAAUUAUGCAGAAUGGGCUAUGGAUUAUCGGGAUAAACUAAUGAUAUUUGAUCACGAAGAUGAUCUUUUAGAACGAUUAUGGAAUAAUUUAUAA